AACAUUGCUUGCUCCAUGUUUUCUCCACUUUAAUCUGUGUGCUUUUCUCCUCAGUCACUACCACAGAAAUCCAACAACCGAACAGAAGGUUCAAUCUCUAUGCAUUCGGUACUUUGUCUUAUAUUCCUAUGUUUUAUAUUAUAGCCUAUAAAACAAACUCUCUGAAAUUGGUCCUAGAUUGAAGACUUUUCAUGUGAUUCCAUUUACACUAGACCUCCAAAACACAUUUCCAGAGUCCCAAAAAAUCCAACCUUUUUGUCCUCUUUCUUCUCUUCUUCUCUCAUUGGUGAUUGGUGGUUCAACUCAAUUCAAUUCCUUUUUGCCACUUCACAUCCUCAAAAGCCAACACCAACUACUGUUUCCCUCAAGCAAAAGUUUGGAUCUUCCUACACCAACCACUCAGUCACUCAUCUCUUAACUUUGACACUUAUCUUUCCAUAAACACCAUACACACCCUCUUCAAAAUUCAAGUCCUUUCUAGGAUGCAAGACCCAACAGCAUUCCAAGGAGUGAAGCCACCCCAGUUUCCUGAACAAGAACAACUCAAGUGUCCACGUUGUGACUCCAACAACACCAAAUUCUGCUACUAUAACAACUACAACCUCUCGCAGCCACGCCACUUUUGCAAGAACUGCAGAAGGUACUGGACUAAAGGUGGCGCUUUGAGAAACAUCCCUGUUGGGGGUGGAAGCAGAAAGACCACAAAACGUUCUUCAUCAACCUUAUCAAAACGCUCUUCUGCACCAUCUUCUUCCUCUGCAGUUUCGGAUCCUGACCCGACCCGGAUUUGCACCAACCCGGUUGAUCAAGAUCAAAGGGUGCUCAACAUUGGUGGUGGCAGUUUCAGUUCCCUUCUAGCUUCAUCUGGGCACUUCGGAACCCUCUUGGAGGGUCUGAAUCCAUCUGGGUCGGGUCUCAAAAUGGGUGAAUUUGUGGAGGGCGUGAGUUCUGACCCGGGUCUGAAUCUGGAUUCGGGUCUAAACCCGGAUUUGCAGGUUCAGAGCAAUGAGAAUUCAGAGAGUUUUCUAGGUUUGCAGAAUGGUGAUUCAAGCUGUUGGAAUGGUACUCAUGGUUGGUCUGAUCUUGCAAUAUACACACCUGGCCCAAGUUUUCAAUAGAAGCUUAGUGAUAAAAGUUUGAGACUUUUUGGCUUAAUCCAGCUUCUCGAUUAUGGUUUCACCGUUCAAAAAGCACUUAAUGUACAGGAUAUUCAAAUUCACAUUCUUGUGAAAUAUGAAUUCUAUCUUGUCAACUGGAUCAAUCUUCGUUCAUAUUUACUAUAUGAUUAUGUAAAGAGUUAUAUAAUUUGAUCAAGCCUAUGGAGAGCAUGCUAUGGAGGAUCAUACAUACACCAGAAUGUCACUGAAGCAGCAUCCUUUAGGUAAAGAUUUUUUUUUCUUUCAAUAUUUUAUAUGCUCGUGAUUGGUGUUUUUCAAACUUACCACUUGUGAAAAUUUGGGGAAAAAAAAGGCAUUUUUUUUGUGAGGAUGGCUCGGAGGAUGUGAGAUGUUAUUAUCAUAUGUAAUUUGGUAUGUGUUUUUGCAUAGCUUUUGAAGUGUCCUCGGAUAUAUGGAAGUUUACAUUGACAAGUUGUUGUUGACUUGUUGUGCGUUAUAUUUAGAUAUUUAAGGGGAUUUGGGGAUGAUAUGGGGAAAUCUAAAGUACCGCCUUUGAAGUUGUAUCUUGUUUGUAUCUUAUCAAUGGAGAACCUGACAACUGACACCUUGUUUCUUUGCUCUUA